UUUAUUAGUAUUUAUUUCAGUACGAUCGCAACGCUGUCACACUUUUAUCAGCUGACGUAUAACGGCAUCUUGAAAAUGUCUUUUUUAAAGGCUGCUAACAAAGAAAAUGCGCUGGUGUUGACCACACCAAUGCGCACUGAGCUGCUCAAGGAUGGCCCACCGGCGAUUAGGCCCAACAGGUGUCAGAUUUUGGGGCGUGGCGCCUAUGGCACAGUCUUCAAAGCCAUAUAUCGUGAGCACGCCGUAGCCUUGAAAAUAGUAAAAACCGGCGCCAUUUCCACAUUGCACAAUGAGGCGCAUGUCCUGAACUGGAAGCACAAGAAUAUUGUGCGACUGAUAAAGCUGGAAUCCACGCCAGAGUUCGGUUUGCUCAUCAUGGAGCGACCCAUUGGGCUGUGCCUGCAGCGUGUCACAGAUACGCUUACGCUUCCGCUUGUGCACAGAGUGCUCAUAACGCUCGAUGUUCUGGCCGCUUUGCGUUACUGUCAUCGUCGGCAAUUGCUGCAUUUGGAUGUGAAGCCAUCAAAUGUGCUCGUUGCCCUAGGCACAAAGUCGCAGGGGCAUGGCAAACUGGGCCAGUAUAAGCGCAGCUACAUUUGCAAGCUGUGCGACUUUGGCUGCUCCAUUCGGAUGGGCGAGUCGUGUGCUGAGCCGAGCUGCGCAAAGGGCACGCUGCGGUACAUGUCGCCAGAGGCUUUGUGUGCGGCGCCGUUGAGCAGCGCCUCGGACAUUUACUCCUUGGGCAUUAGCAUGUGGCAGUUGCAGGCUCGCCGCUUGCCCUUUUAUACGCUCAACUGCAACGAAUCCAUUGCAUAUCAGGUGGUUAAACACGAACUGCGUCCCGAUAACUAUGCGCAGCUGGAGGCCCUACAGCUAGGCGUGCCUUUGAACGGGUGCUACUGUGCCAAGAGCUGGACGAGUAACGCUGCGGAUCUGAGUUACAUCAGGGAAAUUAAUCCACAGCUGGAUGUGGUGCUCUCAAGAGACUUAUACAAAAAGGUGCGUCGUAAUCUGAACUUUGAUGCCACACAUGGACGUGUGCACAAGCGGCAUAAACAGCGCAAGCAGCCGAGAUUAACAGAGUAUUUUGAUGAUCCAUCAACGAUUCCGACCACGUGCCUGGAAAGUGCUUAUAGCGAGCUGUACAAAAGCUGUUGGCUGAGCCAGCCCGAGCUGCGUUUAAGCGCUUUCCAGCUACAAAAACGUUUAGAACUUAUUUUGGUCAAGUGCCUAGGCUAAUAAUGAAUAUCUAUCUGUAAAAGUUUUCAUUUUUAAACAUGUUUUUGUAAUUAGUUUUACCGCAUAGAUUAUGUUUAUACUUGUAAAAUAUGAUGGCAAUAGUUAUUAGUUAUUUUUUA